AUGGAUCAGGCUCCAGCCGGCCUGCCCUUGCAGCAAGUGCAGCCUGAAGUUGCCCUAGAUGAUCUUAAUCCAGCCCUGCGACCGAGAAUUCAGCACUGCGUGGACGGGGUGAGGGACAAGGGACAGUCAUGGGAGCCCUUGCUAGAAGUGCUAAGGCCUGAGGCAGGCCAAGUUUGUAUUCCCACUUUGAAGUUCACAGCCUCGGAGCGGAAAACGAAGAAACAGAAAGGAACCCUUCUGGCGAUGGAGUUGCCGAGAGUGUAUCAUGUCAAGGUGGUUCGGAUUCUGCAGAGAAACCCGGAGCAUGUCACCUUGAAUGUGGUACAUUACCCGGGCCCCACACAGAAGGUUCUACCCGGUGAUGAGUGCUGGAUCCUGCCGAUUCUGAAAUCUCCCGUGCCAGUAGACCCGACGCACAGCUGCAAGGCGCAACUGCUCAACGCCUUCCACGACAUGUACACAAGUAGUGACGCAGCCGGUGAAGCUGGGUUUGUGAACAUCGUUGACCCGAAGCUCGACGAGUUCAUGCAGGUUUAUAGCACGAACCACAAAGCAGAGCUUGACUGGCUUCCUGUGUGUUGUUAUGAAUAUCCUGCCGAGGAUGCUUCCCCUGCGGCGAUCUGCGCCAUAGAGCAGGCGAAUAGCAUCCUCGACUUCCUCGCGCAGCAGCCGAGAAGGCUUUGGCACUGGUUCCUGGUUCAGCCUUUUCCUCCAGUUCUUUUGAGGCUGCGCUUUAUGAACAUGCGUCACACCUACCGGGUCAGCCCAGUGGCAGUGAUCCACGGCAAGGCCCUGCCAGACCGGCCGGUAGUGGGAGCGUGGGAAAUCCCGGAGCGAUGCACAACAGUGGUGUUCCCAGGAGAUCGUGUCGUCUUCUUGGAGCCCGCGAAUGAGAUCUUUGCAGAAGCUUGCCGCAGGUUGACGGAUGUGGCAGAGAAUCGUCGGCUUGACUUCGUGGAGCGGGAGAUCUUCGAUCUGAGCCCAGAAAUCUUAGCUCUGGAGACUCAGGGCAGCUCAGCUUCUCCAGUUGAGCUACUUGAGGACCUCAUGGAGGCGGAGGUCCCCAACCAUGCUCGGCCCGAAGACCGGCGAGGGGGUGGCGGUGGCGGUGGUGGUGCAUCCUUCCAUGAGCAGCUUGCACAUGAGCGAGAGGUCCCUUGA